CCCAGCGCAGGGCGGGCAGCGGGCGGGGGCUGCCGAGCCCCGCCGCCGGAGCCACGGCACCGCCGCAACCCGCGGAGGGCUCAGCCUCGCUGCUCUUUAUUUGUUUUGCCUCCCCUCUUUCUUUUUUGCCUGGGGUUUCUUUUGGGUGAAUUUUUUUUUUUUCCUCUCUUUUUUUAUUUAUUUAUUUUUUUAAAUCGCAUUUUCCACCCCCCUUUCCCUCGUCACUCGCCCGGGCUCUGCGGAAGGAAGAGCCCGCGCUGCCCCGCGGCCGGAGCGCCCCGCGCCCGCCCAGAGGGGCCCCGCGGAUGUGCAGAGCUCCCCCCGGAGCCCUCCCGCCCUCCCGCCGCCUCUUUGUCCUCACCCAUCCACGAUCUUCUUUUUUUUUUUUUUUUUUUUUGAAUUUUUUUUUUUUCAAGCAGACCUGAGCAUCACCGGGGCUGGGAGGGUGGGGGGCCCCGCGGCGCUGCCAGACCGACCCCUGCCCAUCGCUCUUAAGGAACUCUCAUGGCUUCACGGCUGCAGACAAGUUGCCGUGCAUCGUGGUGGACUAUCGGAGUUUGCAUCCUGGCAGCCGCGCUCCUACCAGGGCUGCAAGCUCAGACUGUCUUGGUCAAUGACUCCGUCUCGGGGUUCAUCGGCACGGACGUGGUGCUGCACUGCAGCUUCACCAACUCGCUGCCCAUUGUGAAGAUCACGCAGGUGACGUGGCAGAAGGCCACCAACGGCACCAAGCAGAAUGUGGCCAUCUACAACCCCGCCAUGGGCGUGUCCAUCCUGUCCCCCUACAAGGAGCGGGUGACUUUCCGGAACCCUUCCUUCAAGGAUGGCACCAUCCAGCUGUCCCGGCUGGAGCUGGAGGAUGAGGGGGUUUACAUCUGUGAGUUUGCCACUUUCCCAACCGGCAACCGGGAAGGGCAGCUGAACCUCACCGUGCUGGCCAAGCCCACGAACUGGAUGGAGGGCACCAAGAGGCCACUAAUUGCCAAGUCUGGCAGGACAGAAAAGAUCUUGGUAGCCACCUGCACCUCCUCCAACGGGAAACCCCCCAGCACCGUCACCUGGGACACGAAGCUGAAGGGGGAAGCGGAGUUCCAGGAGAUCCGGAACAGCAACGGCACCAUCACGGUGAUCAGCCGGUACCGGCUGGUGCCGAGCCGCGAGGCGCACCGGCAGCAGCUCACCUGCGUGGUCAACUACCAGCUGGAGAGGUUCACCGACAGCAUCACCCUCAACGUGCAGUAUGAGCCAGAAGUCACCAUCGAGGGCUUUGAUGGCAACUGGUUCCUGAACCGCAAGGAUGUGAAGCUGAUCUGCAAAUCUGAUGCCAACCCCCCAGCUCACACCUACGAGUGGAAGCUGCCAAACGGGACCCUGCCAGGGAGCGUGGAAAUCCAGAACAACACCAUCUACUUCAAAGGGCCCGUGUCCUACAGCGUGGCCGGCACCUACGUCUGCGAGGCCACCAACGCCAUCGGGACACGCUCGGGCUUGGUGGAAGUCAAUGUCACAGACAAGCCACUACCUCAGAGUGCCCCCGGAGGCAUCAUCGGCAUCGUGGGAGGCGUCAUCGCCGCCGUCUUCAUCAUCGGCGUGGCCGUCACCGUGGUCAUCGUCUACAGGCGGCAGCAGAAGAGCCGCUCCGACACGGACAACGACCUGAUUGACCUCCCUCCAUCCCACAAACCUGCCCCUCCACCAAAGAGGAAACAGGACAUGAAAAGCCACCUGACUCCAGAAGACAUCCAGGUCGUUCACUUGGACAACAUGAAACACGAGGAGGAGAUCCAGAAGUUCCCCCUGCAGACUCCCUACUAUGACAUGGCAGCCCCCGAGCCCUCUCCCUACAGUGACAAACUGAAUGAGGAUCAAGGUCUUCGUAGACGUAACGAGCGAGAGUGGACAAACUUUGGAAAGUGUCACUCAGAGAUAUCGAAUGCGAGUGAUUACCUGACCCGCUGUUACUCACAUGAAGAUCGAUAUCUGGAGAAGAUCCCUCAUGUCUAUGCCCCCUUGUCAGACCUCCCACAAGAUCUUUAUCCUCACCAUUCCGACAUCUCCUUCUGCUGCCCACCUCCCGGCUCCCGGGCUCCUUACAUCUGUCCUAAGGAACAGUAUGUUUAAAGUGUCAACACUGAAAAAAAAAAAAAAAAAAAAAAAAAAAAAAAGAAGAAACUCAUGGUUUUCACCUCUCCUGUCGCUCAACAACCAAGGCCUUCCAGCCUCCCCUCCCUUUGCCAUUGCUCGUUUUAUUGAUUGGUUUUUAAAUCCGGGUGCAACUGCCAUGAUUAGUUCCAAGUGUCUGCCUGGCUUGCUAACGCUCAAGGGAGCACUCUGCCUUCUCCCACGUCCUCUCCAGUACCUGCAUCUUUCUUUUCUCCUCCUGGCUCUGUGUGUGCAUGUGUCUGUGGGUGACAGCUGCCCUGUGGUGGAUGGGAUGUGCCCAACCCAGUCCAGUGUCUGUAGGUUUUCCCCUGUGUCGAUUCCUGCACUCUUCACACCGGAGUAGCCGGGUGUGGAUUAUUCCCAGCCCAGUGAGGUUUUACAGCACAGCCAGUGCUCAAAGCUGAGCCUGUGGCUUUUUAUUUCUUUUUUUUAAUUGUUUUUUUCCCCCGCUCCUUUUCCCCCUCGGAAGUGGGGAUAGCAAAUCCCCGUUUGUGAAGAGCUAAACAGCCAAGAUUGCUGAACCAAAUCGUAAGAUGCUUAUAACGAAAGAUGCUCAAAACCAACCCAAAAAUAGAGAUCAGGACUUGGUUUAGGCAGUUUGUUUCUGUCCUUUUCCCUUCCUGCUCCCACUCCAGUCUCUUGGAUUGACUCUUUUAAAGGGGACGUAUUUUGGAGUCAACACAUUUGGAGAAAGCAUCCUUUAAAUACCAGGUCUGAUAACCUGAAACCCAAAGGAGAAAAUAAUUAUAAAGGAAAACAUUCUCUCUAAUUUUCCUUCCAAAGCCUAACAUGGCCCCCCACGAGCUUUUCUUCCCUCUCUUCCUCACAUCUGUUGAUUGGAAUUUUAAAAUUAACUCAGGCAGAAUAUGAAGAAUAAAUCAGGUUUUCAGGUAAUCUCCUUGCUCUUAAUGAAGGAUAAAAGCCAAUACAUGAAUUUGGCCUUUUAACUUUUAUAAAAGCAUCUUAGUUUUGGGACUACACCUUUUUUUGAUAUUGGAAUGUGUGUGGGUGUGUAAAUCCAAACGUGUACAUUCCUGUGACCACAAAGUGUUUUAGAGAAGGGAAUUUAUCUCCACAUCACAUUUGUGUUCACUUGUAUUAGAGGAAAAAAAAAUAAUUAUCGAUAUACACUUCAAUGUAUAUAAAAGCAAAGAAGGGGAAGAGGAGGACAAGGAAUGAACAUCCUGCCUCAGAGCCUGGUUUCAGGGAUAACUCCCAUCUGUUUCACCCAUGGCAUGGAAGAGGUGAUGGCUGGGAUGGUUCUGACCAAGGGGAUAAAGCUUUGUGGCCAGAGGGCAUUUCCUUUGCUUUGGCUCAGGGAAUUUCCUUUGCUUUGCGAAAUUGGCAUUCUGCAGACACUAAAAUCCCUCUGGAAAACCUGAGGAUGCCUGAGCUGAGGGCAUGUGGGAGGGAGAGGUGGGCACUGCACCCUUACCCUGCUGCCCAGGCACCCAAAACCUGUCAGUGCUGCUCGGACAGGUGAGAAACGAAACUCCCAGCAGGUGACAGCCCCUGUCAGGGGACGUGUGACCACACAGGUGUCCCAGCCCUGCUCCUGCCCUGCCACCUGCACUGGGGCACCCGUUUCUUUUUGUCUAGCUGGAUCUCAGCAGCUCUGCUUGUUCUCUGCCCUCGCUGUGUCCCUGUCACCUCGAGCCUCGUCCUGCCUGUCCCUGCUCCCCCCUCCCCACAGCAGCACAUCUGGGUCGCUCUGCUUCCCUGCAGGCUGACAAACACAUCUGGAUGUGGGAGAAGGGUUUACACCCUGGUCAGCCGGGCAGCACAGCCCCGUGGGGGACAGCACCACGUGCAUGGAUCCCCCGGGGAUGCCCUGAAUGGCAAAAACCACCCCCAGCUCUUCCCAGCCCUUCCCCAGUGCACGCUGCCACUCUGUGCUCGAGCAGGAUGAGGUUUGUGGGGGGAAUUGCUGCUCCUGGAGAGGUGUUUUCCUGCUGGGAGGGGGCCUCCCACUAAGUGACAGGUGGGUGCAUCACCUGAGCGACCUGGGCGUGCCUGGCUGGCUGAGGAGAGGAUGAAGGGGAAUUUUUGAUGCAUUUUUUGGCCAAGCUGGAAUGGGCAGCAGCAGCUCUGCCACGUGCUGGUGCAUGGAGCCCCCUCAUUCCCAAAGGAUAUGGGGAGGAUCAUCAGGACACAGCCUUAGAGCACUCCACACAACUUUCCAAUCCCAUCCUGCCAGUCCUGACUGAUGCAAACCUUUCUGGAACCAUCUGUAGUCACAUUUCCUCUGCCAGUCUCCAGAGGAUUCAGCCGGUCGUUCCCUCACACCAAAGGACUCCAGUGCUCCAUGUCUCUAUUCAGAAAAUGCAUUUUGCUCUCUGGUUUUCUCCUCAAUACACCUUGGGUACCACAGAGCUGGAAACUGGCUCUGAACUGAAGGCACAGCUGAAUCUGCCAAAUCUGCCUUUGCUCCCUCUCUUUGGAAAGGUGAGGAGGUGCUGGAAGCCCCACGGGUUUCUGAUGUCCUGGAAUCAACCCUGCACCACUGACCAUGAGGAAAAAGCAAGCAAAAAUCCAUUCCAAGCUUCCCUACCUGCAUGCCUGGAAUAGCAGAGCACUGCCUGUACUGUGGUUUCAUUUGGAGCCUUCACCUGAUGUGGUUUCAGACAGAUCCAGGAAUUUAAAUGAGAAGUGGAAUAUGUUCAGGUCUUCAGAUACAAGAGGAAAGAAGCCAGACAAAAUGAUUGCUUGCCAGAGGAGGCUGAGAACACGUUGCAGGUGGUUUUCUCUGCUGCCCAUGUCUGGGACAAAGCUGCUUUGAUGAGCAAGGGGAAGGCAGGGAUACAAACUGCAGCGUUACAGAAAAACUCUGCUUGCCUUGUGCAGCUUUGAAUCUGAGCUGCCCACAGAAGUCUGCCACAAAGGGUUUUACUGGGCUUGCAGCAAAGCAAAAGCAUUUCAAUGCUCCUUGAAAAGGUAAAGGCAGGAGAAGCCGCAGCUCAAAGCACUAGUUUGACUUAUGCCAGCACAGGUAUUUAGUCUAGGAAUGCCUUGGUUCUCUCUGCCUCUCCUGAAGAGCUGGGUUGAUCUCAAAAAAUGGCAAGAGGGACUCGCCACACGCCACCAAAUUCCUCUGCGCCCUAGGAAAAGGGGAAAACCCUGAAGGAAAGCCCUGAAGUAAGAAAUAGUGAGUCCACUGUUUUGGUUUUACAAAUCCAUGCUUGGAAAUUGUUCUGAUUCAGGGCUCGCUCCCUUUCCCUGGUGUCACACAGCGUUUGCCCAGUGGCUCUUCCCAAACUUCCCUGCACCUGCUGCCAGGGCUAAAUCCUCACUUUGCUCCACAAUAAGGCUGCCCAUGCCUGGGGGGAGCUUGCAGGUGCUGGAUCAGGGCCAGGGGGAGGUGUUCUCCUGCUGACACCGUGCCAAUUGACUUCAAAAGAUCCCUGCUCUGGAGACUGAGCCACCCAGCAGCGCUGUUGGGCGUGGAUCACUGAACAAGUCCAGCUGGAAACUGGUGGAGUGGGAUCCAGUGGGCUGGGAGGAGCUGGUGUUGUAGGAUAGAGAAUCAUUUAGGUUGGAAAGACCUCUAAGAUGGAGCUGUUCUUCCUGUUAUCAGGGUGAAAUGUCACGGGUUCUGUUCCGUGUGUUGGUGGCACUGACACCAGAGCUCUUGCAGAUGGAAAAGACUGAUCACAGAACUUAAAUAAAAGUGAGCUGAAGAGUUA